AUGGCAGCCUCCCUUGCCCGGCUCGCAGGACGACAGUCCGCAAAACGCCUAUGUCUACGCCCCUCAGUCUCAUCAUCGCUUCGCCCUCGAUUUACGCGAUGUAUUGCUACAUCCCAGAAACAGAUGGCAGAGGUGGCAGUAGGCAAGACAACAAUUACUCCUACAGACCAAUCCUUCACACAGCCAAUCGAUCAGACGGAUCCACAGAAAACCAAUCAUGUUCCUGAUACGGAUCCUGGAGACGACUACCAGAGCCGCAAAAUCCGCCAUUAUACCGUGAACUUUGGUCCACAACAUCCUGCUGCUCAUGGCGUGUUACGGCUAAUCCUCGAACUGAACGGGGAGGAGAUAGUUCGAGCAGAUCCCCACGUUGGUCUGCUGCACCGAGGGACCGAGAAGUUGAUCGAGUAUAGGACAUAUCUACAAGCUCUACCAUACUUUGAUAGGCUAGACUACGUGUCGAUGAUGACCAACGAGCAAUGCUAUUCGUUGGCUGUAGAGAAGCUCUUGAACAUUGAGAUCCCAAUGAGAGCAAAAUGGAUCAGGACAUUGUUUGGGGAAAUCACAAGGAUAUUGAACCAUUUGAUGAGUGUUCUCAGUCACGCAAUGGAUGUCGGAGCGUUGACACCCUUCCUUUGGGGUUUCGAGGAACGGGAAAAGUUGAUGGAAUUUUAUGAGCGUGUGUCAGGUGCUCGUCUCCACGCUGCCUACGUUCGGCCUGGUGGUGUGGCACAAGAUCUACCCCUCGGUCUUUUGGACGACAUUCACCAAUGGGCCACCCAGUUUGGUGACCGCAUCGAUGAGACGGAAGAACUCCUCACCGACAAUCGAAUUUGGAUCGGCAGGACGAAGGGCAUAGGAGUUGUCUCAGCUCCAGAUGCUCUCAACUACGCCUUCUCUGGCGUCAUGCUCCGCGGCUCCGGUGUCCCAUGGGACAUCCGAAAGUCACAACCUUACGACGCCUACGACCAAGUGGAGUUCGACGUACCUGUCGGCGUCAACGGUGACUGCUAUGAUAGAUACCUGUGCAGGAUGGAGGAGUUUAGACAAUCGCUCCGCAUCAUCCAUCAAUGCCUCAACAAGAUUACGCCGGGACCAGUUAAGGUCGAGGAUUAUAAGAUCGCUCCACCACCGCGGGCGGCUAUGAAAGAGAACAUGGAGGCUCUGAUCCAUCAUUUCCUACUCUUCUCUAAGGGCUAUACUGUACCCCCAGGCGAGACAUACUCAGCUAUCGAGGCACCAAAGGGUGAAAUGGGUGUGUACAUUGUUUCUGAUGGGUCCGAACGACCAUAUCGAUGCAAGAUUCGAGCACCUGGGUUUGCGCAUCUGGGGUCCAUGGAUCAGAUCAGUCGAGGCCAUUUGCUGGCUGAUGCUGUCGCCAUCAUUGGGACUAUGGAUCUGGUGUUUGGUGAGGUAGAUAGAUAA